AUGAAGAGUGGAGGCAGGGUCCAAGGUGCGGUGGGUCACGUAGUCGGCGGCGGCGGCGGCGACGGCGGCGGGGCCAGAGCCGGGGUAGAGCAGACGAUCGUGUUCGAUGUCCCGGCCGAGCUUCAAGGCCAAGUGAAGAAGGAGUCGGUCUUGCUUGCCGUCAACAACAUGCCGGUGGCGAACAUGGGCCACCGGAAGGCCAUGGCGCACAUCCGGCAGGCGCCCUGGCCGCUGGUGCUGAGGUUCCGGCUCCCCUUGGAGGAGCGCGACGUAUUCAGCCUGUCUAAGAUCGCCGAUAUGAGGGCGGAUGGACGUUUCAGCGAAGACAUCGUGCUCGAGCAUCUCAAGCGCAAGCUCCUGCGGGGACAGAAACUGCUGAGGUUCCCGCCCAGAAAGGCGCUGAUCGGGAGCAAGCCGUACCUGACGCUCCUUUCCAUCGAUGAUCACAACCUCUACUACCAGGGGAAGGACCGUGUCAGCCUUCCCGAAGGCUCCCGGCGCGGCAUCAUGCUCUACAACCUCAAGUUCGUGGUGAAGGGUAAGUCAACCGCGACCCUCAAGAAAAGCGCCCGCCGGCUGAGCGACGACGCCUGCUUCAGCCUCGCGGCCGAGGGCAAGGUACUCAACUUUGCCGUCCCCUCCACCGUCCCCGAUGAUGGCAAGAGCGGCCAGAUUUUAAAUCCACGCCUCAUACUGCGCUGUGGGUGA